UACUUCAGGUAUUCAGGAGAACAGGUUACCACCCAGCCUACUCACAGUGAGAGAGGCAGAGGAACAACACGCACAUCUUUACUUUUCUGUUUUUAAAUUGCAUUGUUUUAAGAUUCUACCUGGUAGCGGACGCAGAUUAUACAGGCAGGCAGGUCUUUUCACCAUGGCCCCGAAAGGAGGAACAUUUUUCUUUCUCCUCAUUGUGGCCUGUGCAGCCUUGGCUAUACCACCAGAUGGGAUGCCAAAAAAUAAACGUGACUUCAGAGACAUGGCCAAAAAACUGAUGAGGAAGUGCCAGACUAAGGGAUACCCCGCGCCUGAGAUAAUGCAGCUGAAAACUGUCUUCAAUAACAAUGACUUGCCUAUGACAGACAUAAACUCUGAGCAAUCUGGCACCCUCCUACCUACUUUUCUCAAUGUCCUGCAUUCUGUUUCUACCGACGAAGAACUGACAACCAAGAUGUGGAAUUUCAAGAAUCUUCCAACCAUGCUCAAGCUGAUGAGGAACUCCUCUGUGGCAUCUGCAUGUUACAUGCAAGCAUUUGUGGCUCCUCUGUGCUGGGCGACUUUGACCUCACGGAGUGAAAACAACAUGACUUCAGACGAGUAUGACACACUGCUCUCGGCUGCCAAACCUGCGCUGCGGAAUAUGCCUUUUAACCUUCCCACUGACGUAGGAAGACGCCAAAACCUGAAAAAAAUGAUGAAGGUGCUGAUGGAGGUGUAUGAUGCCAUGUCUAAAGACCAAAGGACUCGGGUGGUAAGAUGGGUGAAAGAACAGAUCACACAGAAGUACUUCAACUGUACAAUGAGGCCACCAUCUGACCCAAGAUCAAUGCUGAUGAAGAGAUGCAAACCUUUACUGGAAUGGCUGAACUUGGAGGCGUUGACCAUGAUGGGACCUUACAUCUCCUGUUUAGCAACAAAAGACGUUGAUACUUCUCCCAAAGAACAGCUGUGUGAAUUUUUCCGCUCAGCCCAGUUCACAUCCGCUAUGAAUAUGACCUCUAAGAUCAAUCCAAGCCUGGGCAUGAAGUUUCUCCAAAAAUUUCAAGAGUGCUUCCGUGGAAAGAAGGAGUUUGCUGAGAAUGUGGACAAGCUCGGCAUACUGGCCUGUCAUUUUUCCGCUGCUCCAGACUUGACUCCUGACAUCAGCAGGAAACUCCUCUCAGAGCUUAACAGCUGCGAUGACUUCAGCAACCCCAAGAUCAAACAGCUGAAGAUGACUCUUGUCAAGUCUGUGAUGUCAAAUACAAACAGCACUGAAGCACUUGGCAAGCUGGGCAUAAGUGUUGCCUUGCUGUCUCCCAAACAGCUGUCUGAGAUUCCUGACGAACCACUCAAAGAAUUACUCAAAAAUGUGGGAUCCACCGUCCAAUGGACACGGGGCCAGCAGCGCACCCUGUCCAAGAAAUUGCUUUGCAAUAACAGGAGCUUGCAUGACUGCUGGAAGUCUGGCGCUCUUAUGCGCUCACUUCCUCACUACCUUCAGUCAGUUGCAGGUGGUUUGCCAAGCAGUGUGCUCAAAAACAUCAAGAACAUACUGCUUGAUAAAGAGGGCCUGAGCAACAUGUGCAUGCAGAUGACAAAGGGGCAGCUGAUGGCUAUGCUGCAGGGGCCGCUUGGACAAAUGGUUCCCUCAGAGAUGAUGCGGAAGUUGUCCGGCCGUUUGCUUCAGAGGCUUUCUCUAAACAAACUGGACAAAGCAAACAUCUCUUUGGACCAAGUGGUGUCUGAAACUUGGUCUCAGCCACAGGUAGGAUGGGCGGCCAGAAAGCUUUUUGCAACUAAGGAGAAAGAGAGAGUUGGCUAUUUCAAAAACGUCACUCUGGAGGAGAUGAACAACAUUCCCACAUACUUACUUCUUCACCUGCCGCCUAGGAAGGUGGGGGAUUUGCCUGACUCUGUGUGUCCCGUCUUACUCGAGAAGAUAGAAGAGGCCAACCUGAGUUCAUUGCCUCAUCGUUCCCCUUCUCGCCCCGCACUCACUAAGAGAGCUCUGCUUUGCCUGGCCGAAGGGCCAGACCUAUCUGGACUGACAAAUGAGACUGUGUCCAAGCUUGGACCUCUUUUAUGUGAGCUUCAGCCUUUCCAACUGCUCCAAAUGGCCCCAGAUGUCCUCAACUUCAGCCUCCAGGAAAUGGCUUCCUGCCAGCACAUUCCUCAGCGACACAGGGCAGAUAUAAUUCAGCUGGUCGUGCAGACUUUUGGGGAUCCAUCUAAUUGGACAGCUGAGACUAUGGAAACACUGGGUCCUCUCCUCCUUUUGGAUGACAAUGCCACAUCUGCUCUGCCCUAUAAGCCCUGGAUGAAGGACGUUCUCUAUUUCCUGAAGUCGGGCAUGCGCCCCUCAAAAGCCCUGGGAAAAAAAAUAUUCGAUCUCACCACCACCACAUCAAAUGCAGCAUCCACCAGAAAUGAUGAUGAAGAAGUCACUGUGGCGUUGAUUGAAGAACUUGGAAUCGACAACGUCUACUGGAAUCCUGCACAGCUUAGUCAGAUGUCAGACACAACCUUCCUCGCUACUUUAGAAACACUUGGGGCUGUCUCCAACUGGGGGGCAGAGCAACUGGCCGUGCUCAGUAAAAAAGCAAUUGAGGUAUUGGGCCCAGUGUCACAGAUGACUGAGAGUGAGGUGAUACAGAUGAGAUGCAUAACUCGGGGCUUCUCCAAUGCAGACCUGGAGAAGCUCCCCUUCUCACUCGACACUCUGGAGGAAAUUGCCAAAUGUGGCUGGAAGGAUCCACAGAUGGAGGCGGUGUGGAAGGGUGUUACUUCAUAUAGCAACCUGAGAGUGCAGCAGCUGGAUGCUGCAGACAUGGUAGCACUGAGCCAGUUCAUCUGUGGCCUAAACUCCAGCGAGUUCGGACAGCUCAACGUGGCCGCCUUCAAGGACGCUGUGGGCUCAAUGGAUGGUGUUCAAUGCUCCUACAAGUUUGCACAACAGUUGAAAAAUCUUGCUGUGUCUGCAUUUGGAAAACCCAACACCUGGACUGAAGCACAAGUGUCUGAGCUGGGCAACAUCAUUGCUGGGUUGGAUUCAGCUGAGUUGGCUUCUUUAGACCCGGCUGUCUUCUCAUUUAUCAGCAAGUUCUGCAUCCAGCACAUACUACACUGGGCUGCACUCUCAGUUACUCAGUUGAAAGCUCUUGGACCCGACAACGCUGCAAUGGUAACCAGUGAACAGCGAGCUUCGCUGAGUGAUGAGCAGCUGACCGCACUUGAAAGUGCUUUGACCGGGUCACCUGACCAAACACGGCAAUCUGGCCACUCAGGUACUCCAUCGCUGAAUAUUGAGGGGAUCUCAGCUCUCAUCAAGCCCUUUCUGUUACUCUUCAUGGGUUUCCUGCUGCUGUGAGAACAGAAAGCCACCACA